CUAUAUUUAAAAAUGGAUGACCCUAACUUUAUGGAUGAUGAAGAAGUCACCGAGGCCAAGGUUCUCGAGCUCGGUAAUAAGGUUCUCGAAGUCUUGGGAGCCGACGAGCAGAUCACCGACAUCGAGCCGUUCCAGUCGGACUCGCUGUAUUUGCAAAUAUUCCAGGCUCUGUUCCCUCAAUUUGAUUUCGAAGAGAUCGAGCCAGGCAAGAAUGAAGAAGAAAUGGCUGAGAAUAUCACCCAGCUGAUAUCUCUGCUUGAGAAGAAUUUAUUGGAAACAGAUUUAAGCGACAUUAAAGCCUCCGGUAUUGUGGCAGGAGAUUUGGUCCACAUCGACGAGUUCCUGCAAGUCCUAUUGCAAGUUGUGUUCUUGAUGGUUCAGAACCAGGCUGAAGGAGAAGAGUCCGAAGAAGAACUCGACUCCAUCGACAAGAAAAACCGUGGAAGUUCAGCCAAGAGAGCCAGUUCAGGCCGUCAAGACAGAGUCGGCCUUAGCGACGACAAUAGUCUCGGAGAGCUCGAUAAUGACGAUAAUAAUAAAGACGAGACCGACACCCAGAAGAUCGCAGCUGACCUAGGUCUGAACUCCCCUGAUGUUGACGGAGACGAUCCUAUCAAAGAUGAAAUGUUUGACGAAGCCAAUCAUGGAGACGAGAAAAGACUCACAGAUUUGGAAAAUGAUUAUAAAAACGAUCUUAGGAAAAAUGGAUUUGUCGAUGAGGGCGACGACAACGAGCAUAUCUCUCGGGAAGGAAGUGGCCAUAGAAACCAAAUGAAAGCCGAUGAAAUAGAAGAUGAUAACAGAUUCUCAGAUCUUGACUUCUAUGGACAAGACCAGCCAGAUCAUAAGCAAAUCAUUGAUGAUGAAGAAGACGAAGAAGCUCUGAUGCUCAAGCAGGCUCUGAAAAAGGUAGACGACUCUCCAACUGAGAAAAUUAACAAAGGAGCUAGAGAUUCUGAGUCAAAGAAGAAAGAAAGUGAAAAGAAGGGCAAGAAGGGAAAUGUGGAUGUCAUGCAUGACCCUCUUCUUCCUGAUGAUGCUGAUUUUGGUAGAAAGAAAGAUAAGAGAGCCAGAGCUGAUAGUCUUGGUGGAGGCGGCAGUUUUAAAGGUGGCGACCUCCUUGAGGAUGAGGAUGAUAUGCUAGAGAUCAAUGAUCUUGAAGAUCUUGAUGAAGAGCAGAAAUACAUUGUCCUGCAACACUUAUUUGAAGAAUAUCAGAAAGAUCCUGACUCCUUCCCUCCAGAACAGCGAGAACUACUUGAAUAUGAAAUGAUGAAAUUGUAUCAAAAGGCAGACAUGGAAGGUGAAUUAGAUGAAGAAGAUGACUUUGAUGACAUGAGAGGUGCUAGUUCUGGUAAAAAGAAGAGCAGUGUCGAAAAGAACUCAGAAAUCAAAGCAAAGCCUCGACUUCUGCAAGAUGAAUCUGACGAUGAAGAGCCUCAAACUUCAAAUAAAAAUUUAAAAAUGGAAGAGGAAGAUGAUGAUGAAGAAUAUAUGAAAGAUAUUAUUAACCAACAACAUGAGGCUGAAGCUGAAAGAGAGGAACAGCACGAAGAGUUGAAACAAGAUAUGGAUGAUGAAGAUGACCACCACGACCAGGACAUGGACAAAGAAGAGGAUCACCAAGAACAAGAACUUGAAGAAAAUGAGGGAGAAGGCGAGGAAGAGCAAUUCCCUAUUCCUAUUGAUGAGGAAGAGUUCAACAAGUUAUCCCCAGAACAACAGAACGAGAUGAUAAUGGCCAUUCAGCAACAAAUGGCACAACAGCAGAUGGAAGGUGAAGGGGAAGACCAACAGGAAGAAAUGGACCCAGAGUAUUAUAAUGCCUUACAACAACAAAUGCUCCAGCAACAGCAAAUGGCUGCAAUGGGGAUGAAAAAGCCAAAGAGGGCAAAGAAGCUAAAGAAAAAGAAGAGGCCUUCUACUGCCAAACAAGGAUUUAAUCCAAGUAGAAGUAGAAUGACCUCUAAAUCAAUGAAAAGGCCAGGAACUGCUAAGCAUAGAAAGAAGAGUAAAGGCAAAUCUAAAAAGAGAAGGAUGCAGGAGAGAAUGCAAGCUGAAUGGUUGCAACAGCAACAACAACUUGCAAUGGCACAGCAAAUGCAAAACUACGAGCCUUCUGAUGAGGAUAUGGCAGAGUUCCAGCAGUAUAUUGAAAACUUGCAGGAUGAAAAUGGUAACCAAAUUGAGCUGACAGAGGAACAACUUAUUGAGUUACAACAACAAUUCUUCCUUCAAAAGCAGCAAGAAGCAAUGCAGGAAGGGAUUCAACAAGUUGAUGAAGAUGGAAACGUCGUUGGACAUCUUUCUCCUCAGCAAGUUGAAGCUCUUCAGCAACAAGCUUAUAUGGAGCAAAUGCAGGGACAAUCAGUGAAGAGAAAAGCAAAAAGGAGAUCUUCUGCAAAGAGAAGAGGCUCUAAAAGGAAAAAUAAGAGGACUAAGAAGAAGGCUCAACAAAUGGAUGACCAGACUGCUUUCUUAAUGAUGCUUCAACAAAAUCCAGAACUCCAGCAACAGUUCAUCCAGCAACAGCAGAUGCAACAGAUGCAGGAAGGGGAAGCACAACAAGAAGAAAUGUAUGGUGUUGACAAGAUUGAAGAGGAGGAAAUGGAAGAAAGUCCGAUGAAACCCCACCCAGAAGAACACGAUGAAGACAGGAAUCAUGAAAGACCAACCGAGGAGUCAGGAGAAGACAACAAAGCAAUGAUGCAGCAAAAUAUGCAGGAUGGCAACUUUGAUGAUGAGAAUCAACAAAUGCUUGCAAAUAUGAGUCCUGAAGAGGUUGCUUUCUACCAACAAAAAGCUGCUGAAGAGCAAAUGGCUGCUUACCAACAAGAUGAGAAUGGCCAAAUGUACUAUCAAAAUCCAAACAUGUACAUGCCUAACCAAGGAAAUAAUCAAGAGAAUCUCAACGGAAUGCUAAAAGACUACGUCAACGAGAUCAACAGAAAAGAGAGAAGGAAGAAGAAGGCAAAGAAGUCGAAGAACAGAAGAAGGUCCUUUGCCAACAUGUAUGGAAACUCAAGAACCCACAAUGUGAAUAACAUGGUUUCCUAUAAGAGGGGACUCGAGCUCAAGCAGAAGAUCAAGAGGGAUGUCAAACAAGUAAAACUCGUUAAGAAGAUCUACAUGCUGGCUAAUGAGAUCGAAAGAAAUAGGCUCCAAGAAGAGAAGCGUAGACUUGCUGAAAUGCGUAAGAUGAAGAAGGUCAGAAGGAAAAAGACCAAGAACGUAAUGAGAGAUAGGUACCAAGAGCAACUCCAAAUGCUCAGACAGAGUAUAGAAAAUGAAAGAAUGGAUAGGAAAAUCGCUAAGUUUGCAAGAACUCAGGCUAUGAAGGAAUGGAAGAAGGAUCUCUCUAGAAGACAACCACAGAUGGCCCUGUCUCAUGGUUCCUACUCUUAA